AUGGUAAGGUCGCGGGGGCUAUUAAGGAGUGAAUUGUUAAAGACUGACGGUAGUAUUGAUGUUAAUAAUAUUGAUGUAAACGACGACGACGAUGAUGGUAUUGAUGUUAAUAGAGCACGGCAACAGAGAGAACCAAUACCGAUGGGAUUCGGAUACGUACCACAGAUGGCUCAAGUAGGCCAAGGUAAAAUUCCUGGGCUACCUCCUGGAGUUCCUGCAGGCACGCCAAUGGGAUCCCCUUCUCCCAUGCCUAACCCACAUCCGAAUCCACAGCAAAACAUGGGAUUCAGACAAAACGGGCCUAUGCGCAUGCAAAACGGUAUGCCUUAUAGAGGUGGACCUCCAAUGGGUGGCAUGCCACCCAACGGGAUGCCACCCAACGGGAUGCCACCUGUUGGUGUUCCACAACAACCACAACAACCACAGCGGAGAGCUUAUUCCUUAAACAACGUUUGGAGGCAGAGACCAAGAAUUUCUCACAAGAAUAACAAGAAGAGAAAUAGUGGCGGUAAUGAAGAUGACGAAGUUAUAAUGCAAGAGAGUGAAGAUGAUGUUACAUUUAAUGAUAUUCGUACGAUGGGUAAAAGUGAAAAAUAUGGAUUUGGAGCCGAUACUGCUCCCAUUAUUCCUACUUUAAUUACGAAGAGUCACAAUAAUAUGAACAAUACAGAAUAUCGAAAGGCAAUGACUGCUCAGAGGAAAAAUGCAAUGAAUGCCAUGGCAAAACAACGCCAACCCGGUCCAGUUGGUGCAGUUCCAGCAGCGGGUGCCGAUCCAAGAGCAAUGUCAUUACAAGGAUAUGGUAGAGGUAGCCCUUUCAAUCCAAUGGGUCCUGGUGGUGGUCCUGGUGUUUAUCCAGGCACAAGUCCCGGUUUUGGUGGUAAUCCAAGAACUCCUUCUGGUAUGCCACGUUCCAUGUCAAUGAUGACAACUCAAAGUAGACCUUCAGUGGGGUACAUGCGUCAACAUCAACAAAAUAUGUUUGCCGCUAGAGAUAAUGAACCCCCACCAGGCGGACGAGCCAAUUCUUUAAUAAAUAUACCUUCAUCCUCUUCAGUUGGCCCCUCUCCCAAUACCGCUGCACCAGUUUCUGGUGUGCCGGGUGUUGCUGGUCCAAGUUCAGGUUCCAAUCCUACCCCUGCUCCUCGAAGAAACUUAAGAUUGGGUAUAAAUCCCCCAAUGCCUCAAAGUUUAGAUCCUGGUCCAUUGACGCCAGAUAAUGAUCAAUCCAAGAACGUAACUUCCCCUUUGAAAAAUCAAUUAGUUGCACCAUCACCAGGUUCACCACCAAUAAAUGGUGGUCAAUUGAACGUGUUACAGUUGUCACAACCACAACAGAAUGAAUUAAAGGAAAGAGAAAAACAAUUGGCAGAUCGUGAAAGGGAAUUGAAAGAAAAGGAAGAAAUGGUCAAAAAGCGUGAAGCUGAAGUUCAAGAAGAAUUGAAACAAAAGGAACAAGAACUAGAGCGUGAACGACUGAGAAAAGAUCAAGAAGAAUUACAAAAGCAGGAGCAAAGAGAACUAAUGGGGCCUUCGGAAGAAAAUCAACAACAAAUGAAGACUGAAUAUUCAUCUAAUGUACCACUUCAAAAUCAAUCGCUACCACCACAAGAUCUGAGUCGUUGUAACACGUAUGACGGACUUGAUUUGCAACCUUCAUCUACCUUAGAAAGAGGCCUCGAUGGUCUAUCUCUAAAUGAUAAACUAGAAUCAGAAUCAGUAGCCGAUAAUAAAGAGAGCGAAAAUGGAAGGGAGAGGAAAACGGAGAAGAAAAACAACAAAAAUCCAUCUAGUUACAAUAACCGAGAAUCUACAAUUAGUUUUGGUGAUCUUCAAAACAACAGAAUUUCUACAUCAACUUUCAUGUCCGCUCUAAGUGAUUCUCCACAGAAGAAAAAUAAGCCGGCUACUGGUUUAUACCAAUUGGAAAAUACUGGGAAUAACGAGUUCUUUACCGCUGAAGAAUUUUUUGGACAUGAUGCGAACACUAAUCAAGGUAACUCUACACUAGAUAUAUCGAACAUGUCGCCUGCUGCCAGCAAUACUACAGCUACAUUGAAUUCCAAUGCAAGGAUGUCCGGACAGUUGCACAGUGAUACCCCAGUGGACCGUAGUCGUAAUGGACCUAAUAGAAAACCUCUAUCUAAAAUUCCUUCGGCAUCUUCAAGGGAAAAUGAGUCUGGUUCAGGAGCUCGGACUUUUUCAAGAAAUAGUGUCAGUAAUGUGAGUAUGGGUAGUUUCCUCGGCUCUAAUGAUGACACUUUCGAUUUUAAACAUGCAAAUACAGAUAGAAAUCCAUCUGUUAAGUCAGUACCAUCUGGCAAAGUGACAAAGGGGUCAUCCGUUAAGCAAGUAUCGGAACAAAACCCAGAGUCUUUGAAAGAAGAGGACGGCGAGAUGGAACAUUUUAGUUUCGAUAACACUAUGGGUGAACCAUAUGAGCCUAUGUUUGCCCAUGGUUCUGAACUAAUACCACCAAAGAUCAGGUUUAAAACAAUCAUCGUUUCAUCUGAUCAAUUGAACAUUUUGAAAGAAAAUAAAUCACUUAUGUCGGAAAUCUCUAUCAUCUCGGCAGAACUAGCAGAUUCCAUCAAACGUGAAUGUAUUUUAGAGGAAAAACUGCAAACAAUUUCCACCAAUAGAGAUGGUAACGAUAAACCUUUGAGUGGUGAAUCACUCUUGGACUAUGAAGCACAAUUGAGAACCAAAUCCGAGAAAAUUGUUGAUUUAUUGAAACAACUCAACGAACAAAGGUUGAGAAGAUUAAUCGCCGAAGAACAAAUAUUUCUCAGUGAAAACGGUGCUAAACCAACUUCCACAGACCUUGUGCAUAAGAUUACAGAUCUCGAAUCCCAACUAACAGCGAAAGACUACGAAAUAAGUCGAUUGAGGGAAUACCAGCCACAGCCAUUUUAA